UCAAAUUUAACAUGGCGGAUUUGAUUAACUUUAUUUCAAAGAGGGAAAUUGACGCGAAAAAAGAAGAAACUAGGAAAGCAAGAGAGCAAAUCCUCAAAAAGGCAAAAGGAGACUAUGAGAGAGAGCAGUGGAAAAAACAGAAGCGCAUUGAGAGUGGAGAGACUUCGUGGAUGUUGCCAUCCUUAAGCAAUAGUUUGACAGUGGAGGACGACAGCCAUAAUGAUAAGGAUAAAUUGAAAAAAAAGAAACACAGGAAAGAGAAGAAGCAAAAAAAGGACAAAAAGGAGAAGAAGCACAAGAAGCAGAAGAAAGAUACUAGUAAAGAAAACAUGUCCUCAGAUUCGGAGUCAGGAGAUGAGUGGGUGGAAAAAGAAACAACUGAUUCAAUUACAUUGUCAAAACCAGGUGAAGUUCAGGUAAUGCAACAGCAGCGUGACAGCUGGAUGCUGUGUCCACCAGUUACAUCAAGCUCCCAAGACCCAGUGCAUCAGGAGGAAGAAGAAGAUAAGGAAAGCAAAGAUGAUGAGGAAACAAAAGCUCUGUCUUGCAUUGAUCGGCCAGGACAGCAUGCUAAAGAAUUGAACCCAUACUGGAGAGAUGGAGGUACAGGCUUACCAUCUGAGAAGAAGAGUUCACAGGACACCCAUCACAAGGAAGGAAAUGCCGGACAUUCAUUUAGCAGCGCUUGGUUGAAGAGAGCUUAUCAAAGGGCCAAAGAUGAAGCUGAGGAAGAGGGCAAGAGUUUGGCUGAUAUUGUCGCUAAAAGAUACGGGUCUGUACAGAAACUGGAAGCUAUGAUCAAGGAGGCCGAGGAUAGAGAAGAAAAGCUUAGAGGAGAGGAAUCAAGGAAGAGGGACAGAGAGAGAUACAGAGGCGAUAGAGAAGGUAGAGACGAUCGACAUCGUGACAGAGACAAAGAAUGGAGACGAAACCGGGACACAAGUCCUAUGGACAGAUAUUCUCGGGACAAUGGAAAAACUUACAGGUCUACGAGGGAAGAAGAUGAAAAUAAAUGGAGAAGAAGACCGGAACAAGAGGAGACAGGACGCGAGCGACCUAGAGAUGAUACAAACAGAUUUGCACGUCCUGGCGACUUCGCCGGCGACAACAGGUCAUCCUUCGUUGGUAAGUUUAAGCGUCCUGGCUCUUCGACAUCCACACCUCAGAGGUCUUCAACUUGGGACUUCGACUCGAACAAAAACACGAUUAAGGAAAGACACUCCUACGACAGACCAAGCUCCAGUUCCUCGGGCGGAUGGAGAAAGAAGGCAGAUAUUGGAACUGAGAAGGGGUCGCCCCCGCUGGAAGUAAAGCGCACCGAGGAUAAGGAAUCAGUUCCGGAAGUGAAACUGGAACCAGAAACAGACAGCAGCUCGAGCUCUGAGGAAGAAGUCGAAGAGAAAAAACCAGUUGUGAUUCCUGCAAAGAAAAUCACAGAAAAAGAUUUGAAUGACAUUGGGGCGAAGAUUGUUAAGGCGGAAAUCAUGGGAAACGAGGAUUUAGCAACUAAGUUGAAGGCCCAGCUGGAAGAAAUGAGAAAAAACAAGAAACUUCAAGAAGCGCAAGUGGAAGGAAGCAGUACAACGGAGGAGCAGAUGGUUUUAUUAACACGAACUGAUGCGACAGGAAAUGUGUGGCCAGUGGAAAUGACAGCUGAGGAAACGAGGGGAGGACGAAAAAAGCGACGAAAGGUAGCCACACAUGGUAAGGAAGGCAAAAGAGAGAGGUACUUCGCAGAUGACGACAAUUAUGAUCUGAAGGAAAUGGUGAGAAGAGAGAAAACGAACUCUGGACGAAAUGAUCCCAUGAUGGCAAAAAUGUUCAAGGCAAGCACAAAAUUCUCCGACGACUUCGACAUAGACGACCAUUUUGUGUCAUCUGCUGCCCAAGAAAGAUCUGCAGCCGAAAUUGAACAACGGGAGAAGCAGAGAGCUAUUAAAGAACAUAGACAGUUGGCUGCUCAACUUGCACGAUGUCGCUUCUGUUUUGAGAACCCUGACAUCGCCAAACAUCUCAUUAUUGCCAUAGGACUCAAGGUUUACCUGGCGCUUCCUCUGCACGAGUCUCUCACAGAAGGUCAUUGUCUCAUCAUUCCAAUGCAACACUGUUCUGCAGCUACCAUGCUGGACGAAGACGUUUGGAGUGAAAUUCAGAUUUACAAAAAAGGCCUCACGAGAAUGUUUGAAGAAAAGGAGGAGGACGUGGUUUUUAUAGAAACCCACAAACAGUUGCGGAAACAGCAUCACAUGAUUAUCGAAUGCAUUCCUCUCCCCAAAGAAGUUGGAGAUAUGUCUCCCGUUUAUUUUAAGAAAGCCAUAUUGGAAUCGGACACAGAAUGGGCACAAAACGUGAAAUUGGUGGACACAAGGAAGAAAGGACUGCGUGUAUCAAUUCCUAAGGGUCUUCCAUAUUUCAGCGUCGAGUUCGGACUGGAUGGGGGAUUUGCACAUGUCAUCGAGGACGAAGCGCUGUUUCCUUUAUAUUUCGGCAAAGAAAUUAUCGGGGGUAUGCUCGACCUUGAGCCGCAGAGAUGGAGAAAUCCGCGGCGUGAGAACUUUGAGCAUCACAAGAGAAAGGUGCUGCAAUUUGCAGACUGGUGGAAACCUUACGACUGGACACGAAAGAUAGAAAGAGAUUGAAAGAUGUCGCCUAAAAUUAUAUACACGGGAUCAAGUGUGCUUUCCAGAGAGACUCGGUCUCUAGUCUCAGAUAAGAGACACGAGAAGCCUCGGUGGAAGGAGUCAAGAUAUAUUCAGUCGAGUGUCUUUAGCCCAAACCCAAAGUAAACACAACUGCCAGUAAGAUAGGAAAGAGUCUGAAGGAGCCGAUGAGAACUCAUAAUGAAAACAAGUGAGCUGCCUAAAGCGUGAGAAAACG